UGACCUCGAUGUUGACGUACUCCGCUGCGGGACAUUGGCGCGGUUUAAUCCAAACCCGGCAGCUGUUUGUUCGCACGGUUUCUUAAUUUCCACUCGAAGAAAUGUCCGAACAUCGAAGAUACAAAUGCGAAAACGAUUACAAACCUGACGAGAACAGGAACAAAGGUGCUUCAAGAUGGUCCCAUUGUAGGAAGCGUGGAGCAGAUGGUGUUCUGAGGAAAUCUAAUGCUGAAGAAGAGCCGGCCAGAGAUCAGAGAUGUUCACAGAGCUCACGCAGACCAGAAAGUUUUACAACCCCAGAGAGUGACGGACCCGUGUCCAGAGUGAAAAACUGGGGCGAUGAGGUGGAGGCUGAGGAAAUGCGAUCAAAUGUCCGGCGUGAUAUGCAUCGAUACAGAAGAAGGAUUCUUGCGGCUGAUUUUCCUCAAAGAGACAGAAAAAUCUCAUCUGGAAGUUCAGACUCCAGAGACUCGAGAGACUCCAAAGACUCUCCUGCUAAAGGCGACAUGGAGACAGACGAGACCACGCUCGUGAGACGACAGAAACAGAUCAAUUAUGGGAAAAACACGCUCGCGUAUGACAGAUACAUCAAAGAAGUUCCCAAGCAUAUGAGACAGCAGGGCGUUCAUCCAAAGACUCCAAACAAGUUCAAGAAGUACAGCCGGCGCUCCUGGGACCAGCAGAUCAAGCUGUGGCGGGUCAAGCUUCACGCGUGGGAUCCUCCUGCGGAAGAGGGAGGCGACCUGCAGCAAAUAGAGGAGAUUGACUUUGAUGAAAUCAUGGACUUUGAGUUCGAUGUGGAGUGUUCGGCGGAUACUGAAUCCGAGUGUCCAACAACCAAUGCACCAUCACUGUCUCUGACGGACGACUCAUUCACAGGAACCCCUAAAAAGAUGAUGAAAAUCGAGGAUGCCGAAAUGUCCUGAGCAGCUACACUGACAUCGAGAGAAAUCCUGAGCAGCUGAAUUAUUUUAAUGCACUGUUCAUCUCACGGUUCGUUUUGAUGAUUAUAGUGAAAUGCUUUCAACAGGUUCUGGUGUUUUUGUGAUAACACAGGUUUUGACAGCUUCUUAAAGAGAAGGUUUUGUCGCCUUCAUCACCGAAUGCACCGAGUUCUUUCCACCUUUUCCUUUUUUGGGUCUUGAAAAGAAAAUGUAAAUGUGUAAAUUUUGGAAUUGUUUAACUUCCUGUGGUGGUAGUCCAGUGCUCAGCGGACCUUCUCUUGUAUUUAUCAGUUUGUUGAAACGUGCAACAAAUUUGCAAUGUUAAGUAGUUUGUGAUUUUAAAUGUUUUUUUUUUUUUUUUAGAAAUGUUUUUUUUGACUUGUUAAUUUCUAUUUUAUUAAGAACCUUUUGAAAAUAAAUACAGUAUUAAACUGGAA